CAGUGCGUCGCGACGCUGGCUGCCACGCGGUUGCCUAUCAAUCUUUUCUCAUUGUCGAUUCUUCCUUCUAGCAAAAUUUAGUGACUUACAUGCAUCGGCUAUCGACCGUCUAUCGAUCCUCCUCCGUUCCUCCUUCCACCCUCUAUCAUCCGUUUAUCUUGCCAUUCACGAAAUAUCUCGUGAAAAUCCGUGCCAGUCAUCGUAGUCAUCGUGAUAGUUCAAUCUUCCUCUCCUUCUACAUUCCCUUCUCCCUUCCAUUUUUUUCUUUACCAUUUUCCAUCAAUCUUUUAUUUCCUUAAACAACAACUCAUCGACUACGACGAAACGGUUUUUCUACCAUUGCCUACUUCUCUCGUUGACCGUAAAUAAGUGAUAAAGAAACGCUAAUCUCGAAAAGACGGCCACCUUUCUCUCUCUCUCUCUCUCUCUCUCUCUCUCUCUCUCUCUCUCUCUCUCUCUCUCUCUCUCUUUCCUUUCUUUUUAUGCAGUGUCAGUGAUAGUAGAUGGUGAAUUCAGUGUGAAGUGAAUAACUAUUUCUACUUUUUCUUCUUCUUUAUAUUCCGUAUCAUUGGAAUACCUUCUUUAACUUCUUCUUCUUCUACUUCUUCUUCUUCUUCUUCUUCUUCUUCUUCUUCUCCUUCUUUCUUCGCCAGUAAGUACUAAGCUCUUCGUAACCAUGUACUACGUACUUACUCGUUCUUUUUUCUCCCACGAGACGUAAUGUUAUUCUCCGCGGUUACGCACAUCAUAUUCGCCUUGACUUCACCCGACGUAUUUCGAGCGAGCUGUCCUAUGCAUUGCAUCGAGUUUAUGGACUCGUUUGCCUACGUAGGACAUACGACAUCAAGCUCUUCCGAUCGAGGUAUCAACUUCCCAUCCAUCGUCGAUAUACUUUUUUCUCGAUUUUUCGACAAAGUUUCGACAAAUCGAAUUGCGAUACGCGUUCUCUCACUUUGAACAUACAUAAUUGAUAAUGAUCCAAGAAAAAUGAGUCGAAAGAGACAAUUCGAUGGAAAGUUUAUGCACGCAUCAAUAUAUUUAUAAUUUAUAUUAAUAAAGGUUAUAUAUCGUGAUUAAUUGAAAAUUUGUUUAAACCUUUGGAAACUUUUUUGUAUAGUUUCUAAGGAUUUAAGGUAAUGUUUAAUUUGUCUAAACCAUUUCAUUAAUCUUAAAAUCUUUUGAAAUAAGUAAAGAUGGUCACGCUAUAUGGUCCACUCAGUACAGACAAAGACAGAGGGAUCGUUAAUACCGCGUUUUAGCGUAAAAGCACUCUAUAGCGUUUCUAUUUGCGUUUCUGCCUCUUUGUAAACUGGCACAGGUAUACGGAGCGCGGGCACCAAGUCGGAAAACGAAAUGCUUUGAACGUCCUUGUACUUGUAACUUCCCAUCGGACAGGAAGGCUUCUCCUACUGGUGACGUUAGAAAGUGCCUUUGAAUCUAGCGUAAUAAUGUAAUUGGUGAUCGAUAAUGGAGGUUUGUCAGGCCUUUCGCGCUGGAUGAUGCUGGUAUUUUUAUUUUGUAACGUCGCAUUAACGGUAAUAUAGGCAGAGAGACUGAGCGAACGAACGUGCAAGAUACAGAGAGAGAGAGAGAGAGAGAGAGAGAGAGAGCGAGAGAGAGAGAGAGAGAGAGAGAGAGAGAGAGAGAGAGAGAGAGAGAGAGAUGGCAGUUUAUAUAUCGUGUGUUGAAGUGGACAAGGUUGAGGGUCUCAUCAAAGCACCCCUUACAACGUAUUCACGAAGCAACGUUCGCUGAAAGAGAGACGUAGUAUAAGAGGGAAUAAAAGAGAGAGAAAGAGAGAGAGAGAGAGAGAGAGAGCGGGAAGAUGUAAACGUGCAUAAUCUUCUUGAACUGGUCGAUCCAGCUGUACUUUCAUCACUAAUCUCGAUGAGGAUCUAGGAGACUGACUGCGUUUCAUUCUAUUCCAUCGAUCGGUGGGCAUGGAAAGAAGAGACAUGAUCUUAACAGCAGUAUUUGGAACAGUCGGAGCUUUAGCAGUGAUCGUUGCAUUGGGUUUGGCAGUGUGGUUCUAUCUUCGUGCGAGAAAAUCGAAACAGCGCGAUGACGAUCUCGAGGAUCCGAAUGAGCACAGCGACAGUGGUACUGGCCAUCCAACGCAGUCAACGAAAAAGAACGGUUUCUUAAAUCUGAAGACAUGUCUUAUCAGCACAAAAACCCUUGGAGCGCAGUUGGAAACAACUGGUAGCCCGGCGAGCAAAUCACCGGCCGGCAGCAGUGCUGGUCCAGCUAGUAGUGCAGGUGCAAGUGCUGCCGUAGUUGCUCCAGGUAGUGCAAGCAAUGUCGGUGCAAGUGCCGAACCACGCACUCCAACGGCUGGACCGCAAAACAAGCAGCUCCAAAAUGUUAAAGGAGAUCACCCCUCGAAAGCCUUUCUGCAAAGCAGAUCCAUCUCCUUGGUUGAUAUGUACAUUGAUAAUUCGGAACCCAGCGAAAGCGUCGGCCAAAUUCAUUUUAGCCUCGAAUACAACUUCCAGAAGACCACGCUCAUUCUAAACAUUAUACAGGGUAAGGAUCUACCCGCAAAGGAUUUGUCUGGAACGUCUGAUCCGUAUGUACGCGUGACGCUACUUCCUGACAAAAAGCAUCGUCUCCAGACAAACAUCAAAAGACGCACACUGAAUCCGAAAUGGAACGAGACGCUUUAUUUCGAAGGUUUUCCUAUUCAGAAGUUGCAAAGCAGAGUGCUACAUCUUCACGUCUUCGAUUACGAUCGAUUCUCAAGGGACGACUCCAUAGGAGAAAUUUUUCUACCACUUUGUCAGGUCGAUCUAUCGGAGAAGCCAUCAUUUUGGAAAGCUCUUAAACCACCGGCUAAGGACAAAUGCGGAGAACUUUUGUGUUCGUUGUGCUAUCAUCCAAGUAAUUCGGUGCUUACGUUGUCGCUCUUAAAAGCGAGAAAUCUCAAGGCCAAAGACAUUAACGGGAAAUCAGAUCCUUAUGUAAAAGUCUGGCUACAAUUUGGCGACAAGAGGAUCGAAAAACGUAAGACACCAAUAUUCAAGUGCACUCUCAAUCCUGUAUUCAAUGAAACGUUCGCAUUCAACGUACCAUGGGAAAAAAUCAGAGAGUGUUCGCUCGACGUUAUGGUCAUGGACUUUGAUAAUAUAGGACGUAAUGAGCUUAUUGGCCGUAUACAGCUCGCAGGUAAGAAUGGAAGCGGAGCGAGCGAGACGAAACACUGGCAGGACAUGAUAACGAAACCAAAACAAACAGUAAUACAGUGGCAUCGUUUGAAGCCCGAAUAAAAAAUCAGUAAGGAGAAUGAUCUUUGUAGAUCGUACGUACGAACGAAUUCGGUCUCUGAGGAGAAGCGAUUCGUUCGAAGGGAGAUCGUUUGGGGAUGACGACGAUGACAACGACGACGACGACGACGACGACGACGACGACGACGACGACGACGACGACGACGAUGACGACGACUACGACUACGACGACGCCGACGACGACUAUGACGACGACGAUGAUGAUGAACGCGCUUCGAUCGAUCGUUCCGUAUAGAAAAGUUCAAUUAAAAAAAAAAAAAAAAAAGAAAAAAGCGAAGAACAACGUCAGGGAAAAAAACGACGUAUCCUCGUCGAUAUAUCCAUUUGUCGUGGAUAUACACACUGAUAUACAUACGUAUACGUACACACUUAAAGAUAUGUAUAUCCAUAUAGAAAAACUUCAUGCAAACAUUAAUCUACAGACAAACGUACAUACAUUAUUGUACACGUUCACACCUAUAUCAUAUGUAUACUACGAAUGGCACGAAGAAGGGACGAGCGAUAUAAAGAAAAUUUCCCGAUUGGAAAUGAAGAGUUCGAAACGAAGAGAUCGCAUGAAAAGUAUAUAUAUAUAUAUAUAUAUAUAUAUAUAUAUAUAUAUAUAUAUAUAUAUAUAUCUUGUAAGAGUUGGGUGAAUGUGUGCGUGCGUGCGUGCGUGUGUCAGUAUGUAUGUGACAGAGGAAGAAAGAGAGAGAGAAUGAACGAUCCUUAAUCGUGACGUUAAUUGACAUCGGCCAUGGGUUGUGAAGUAACUUUCUUCGAUCAACUGUUCCCGAGAGAGCAGGAGAGAGAGAGAGAGAGUGUGUGUGUGUGUGUGUGUGUGUGUAAGAAAAAGAGAGGAAGAAGAAGGAAAAGGAAAAUCACAUUUGCUUGCCGAAUAAAGUAACGAAGAAAAGAAAAAAAAUGAAGAAGAAGAAAAAAUCCAAGAACAAGAAGAAGAAGAAAGGAAUAAGAAGGAGAUAAAGAGAUAUAGUAAGCUGUUAUCUUUCUCAGAGACGUUGUUGACCGUUUUGUAUUUUCGAAAGUACCGCCGGUAAUUUUUAAAACGAAUAUUCGCGCGCGCACCCCUCCACCUCCCCCCGCCCUUGCCCCCACCCCUGCCCAAGUUCAUUAUAGUGAGAGAUAGUUUUUAACGCUAAGGUAAUUUUUAUAUAUGAAUACAUUUUUGCUGCCGAGCGAGUAAUUUUCUAAUCGCGCAUUGACGCUAAUUAUAUAUGAUUUAUUCAUUUUUCUUAUCAUUUUCAGCUGCACAUUAACAUUAAUGAAAAUAGAAGAGUAACUGAAAGAGAUGAACAGAUUUUUUCAAAGAAAAAAAAAAAAAAAAACAAAAAAAAAAAACAAAAAAAAAGGACAAAAAAACGCGUGAAAUAUUACGAGCGAAAUUUACGGAAAGUAAAUUAAAAAAUAAGAAAAAAAAAAAAAAAAAAAAUAAAAAAAUAAAAAAGAAAUUACAUUUAUUUCGCUAUUAAACUUAUAAAAGAUAAUGUUUCAUUUUAUUUCUUUCUGUUCACGAUUCGAUUAAAAAAAGUAAUUUCGUUCGAAAAGCGAAACGAUUAAUUAGUACGAAAGGUGAACACGUGCAAGCUGUCUCGGUUGUUUGAUUCGCUCGAACAAAAUGAUCAUAAUUUUCGACUAAUAGCUAUUAUAGUAGUACCAGCCAAUACGAAAGGGAUGAAAGAUAUAUAAAGAAAGAGAGAAAGAUAUUUUUAACGAGAAACUUUUGUAUCGAAGCCGGACGUGAUUUCUCGGGAGGGGUAGGGGGACAUUUUUCGAGCGGUAAAUUGUGAUCGGUGUACCUUAUACACUUAUUAACAAAAAUACAGGAAAAAAAAAAAAAAUUGGAGAAGAGAGUUGAUAAAGGAAAAGAGAGAGAGAGAGAGAGAGAGAGAGAGAGAGAGAGAGAGAAAAAAAAAGAAAAAAAUCUAUUGUUACAUUAUACCUGAUAUUCUGCUGUUAAUAACAAUAAUGUAGAUAAUCCCCGUCGAAUAAAAUUCGAUUGUGAAUUUUGCUUGAUACACGCUCGCUUCGAGCGUUUCUCUCUUAACGGGACGUACGGGAUAAGAGAAGAGGAAACGAAAAACUGAGAAAGGCAAAAGCUAUACUCGCUAUAUAAAAUAUAAUACAGGAUGUAAAUCAAUUAUAGAUACGAUAAACCCAACUUGUAACUGAUUAUUACAAAGUAUUAUAAUGUUAUUAUCAAUAUCCGUUAAAAUAUUCGUAUCCAUAAUUAAUAUACAAUCCCGUAUUUGGAGCGAAUAUUAUUCGUGGAUCCGAUGCGUUUCCUCAUUUCGAUCGAUCGAACGACCGUCGUCGCUUAGGGCUCGAAGAUAUCAAAAUAUCACGGGAUAUACCUGUAUGUAUAUGUAUGUAUAUCGCGGUUACGGUAAAAUAUACUGACACGUUUUUUUUUUCUUUUUUCUUUUUUUUUCUUUUUUUUUUUUUUUUUUCUUUUUUGCCGCAACUUAUUCAUUUUGCGUGUUGCGAAAGUGCAUGUAAGUAAGGGAUAAGAGAAAACUAAUUAAUACGUUCCAAUAGGAAAAAAAGUCCGAUUAAAAAAAGACAGGAUAUACGGUCGUUUUCUUUCGAAAGCCUCUCAAAAACUAUUGUAAAAGAAAAAUUCUCUAAUACACGCGCAUAUUUUUACAAAUACCUAUUGAGUUAGCUUAACGAAAUAGAGCUAUGUAAACGAAGAAGCGACGUUGUACGUUUUCAUAAUCGAAGAUCGAUCUCUCCUGUCGCGUCUAAAAUGAGGCUUAUUGUGUGCACAAAGAGAGAGAGAGAGAGAGAGGCGCAUUGCAUACCGUAAGGGGUUAGUACGUAAAGAAAAACUAAAUAAAAAGUAAAAGCGAAUAAAUUAGUCUAUAAUAUGAAUAUAUAUAAUAUAUAUUUAUGUAUUAUAUAUAUUAUAUAUAGAUUAUAUAUACAUAUAUAUAUAUAUAUAAUGUGAGUAAAUGGUUAUAUAAUGAAUAUAUUAUAUAAAACCAGUAUUUCUGUGUUGCCAGGGAGUUCUGCCCCCUGGAUCCCCGGCGAAAAAGCUUUGCCUUUUUCGCAAUAGGUAUGAUCGAUGUAGUUCUGUCAUCGUAAUGAUUUUCUUUCUGCAUAAUAGUACACUCGUUUCAAUCGUUCAGCUUUUAUCCGUUAGGCACGACCGUCACAACAUAUGCAAUAUUUUAAUAUUAAUAAUUAUUCGUAUUAAAUAAAACAGCGGGUCACACGAUCAUAAUAAUAAUAAUUGAUCAACUUGUUUGAAAUUUGAAGCAAACAAUAAUAGUCUCUUCAUGUGAUACAAAAGUUGUUUAUAAAAUUUAAUCAUAUCCUCUGGGUGUCGAUCAAUUUUUCUUGCUACGAGUCUAAAAAAAAAAAAAAAAAAAAAAAAAGAAAAAAAAAGGAGAAGAAAAAGAAAGAAAAGAUUUAGAGAAACAUUACACCUACAUUUAGACAUUUAGGAAACAUUCAUAAUUCGUGCAGAACUUGAAACAUAAUUGAAAAAUUGUAUUUUUAUCGAAUGUUACAGCGUGGGAACGCUUUUCGCAAUGGCGAUUACAUAAAGAAACUCCAUGCGGUCGUGCCUAAAAAAUAUUGGAGUAGCACAAAAGAUUAGGUAAUAUUUGUAUGUCGUAGCCUGUAUACAUUGUAUAUACGUAUAAGAUGAAAGAAGAAAAUUAAAAAAAUGUUUCCCGGUUUAUCGAUCAUGUACGUUAAAAUGAUGGUAUUACGUGGUGUUGUUUAUUAGAAAUCUCAAAUUUAAGAAGUUUCAGAGCCCGGUCGUUUAGUUGAAAGUUUUGUGAAAAAUUGUUGCUGUUAACUAACAGAAAAAGAAAAAAAAAAAAUUAUCUAGUACUACUAUGUGAUUAAUUAGUAUUCCGUAUAUACAGGGUGACACGAAGGAAACGCAGUAAUAUUGAAUAUUCGUCGUAAUAGAAUCGAUUGUAAUCGCAUUGUGUGUGUAUAUAUUUAAGAAAGCUUCGAUCGAAGUCAUCGAUAUCGAUUAUUCAUCUAUUUUCAUUAUUUUAUGAUCGGCGCAUGAAAUUAAUCCGUACUGAUUAAUUAAAUUAAAGAAAAUAAAGAGAAAAAGAGAGAGACGUACACGUUGCAUACUUUAUAGAAAAUUAUUAUCAAAAUUAAAAGAUCGUGCCAAAAACAAAUUUUAAUUAACGAAGUGCUUGGUAGACAAUAUAGUCUUUUUUCUUUUGUUUUUGUUUCUGUUUACCUUUUUUUUUUUUUUAACGAAACUAUUACACGUUACUCGCGUACAAUUUUUUCAUUUUAAUUUAAAUCAAACAUUACUAAUUUUGACUUUUAAUUUAUUAAUUAUUCGACAUUUCUCGUUAUAUCAAGGACAUUGAUGGUCCGUAUGUAAAUAUUUUUAAUUUAAUUUUAUUCAAUGAUACAUUUAUGUAUUUCUGAUAUCACAUUUGAUAUCAUUUAAAUAUGAUGAGUUUGUCUCUUACGUUUAAUAAUCAAUUUUAAUUAAUUUAAAUUUUGAUACCGCAAGACAACGAUUCGGUAGCUUCUUCGGAGUAGCCGAUAAAAUCUACGCGUACCACGAAGAGUAACACGUAUACUGUGGCUUCCUAGGUUCAAAUAUCCUAGGCUUCUUUUUUCGUCGUGUCAAAUCGUUGACCAUGAUUUUAACGUUCGUUACAGACUGGGUUUAACAUUUUAAUGCUUAAGUACCUAUCGUAAAUACGGAAGAAAAUAUCGUGUGUGUUAUAUAGGGAUGCUAAUUUAUAUCGUGAUACAUGUAUGUCAAAGUGUAGGUAUUAAAAACAAACUACAAGAAUAUGAACACGAGAGUACAGUUAAAGCAAAACAAAAAAAAAACGAUUGAUCGUGCUUACGCGAUAAGUGAUAAAUGAGAGAGAGAGAGAGAGAGAGAGAGAAAGAAUAUUCAGUUGGCACAAAACAAAACGAUAAGGAAAUAAAUAAAUAGCCGAAAUAUGGUGGUCGGAAAUGUUCGAUGUUUAAAACUUUACAUUGCGCAGUUUGAAAAUACAUAUAUUAGUUCUAUAAGAGGUAUAUAGAAGAGAGAGAGAGAGAGAGAGAGAGAGAGAGAGAGAGAGAGAGAGAGAGAGUCGUCGAAGCAGCAGAAGAAAAAGAAAAAGAAAAAAAAAAGAAAAUAAGAUUUAGAAAAUAGUUUGCAAUAGUAAAAAAACGGAAAGUGAAGUGGGCCUUAUACUAUGGAUUACGUCAAUUGUAAGCAGCUUAAAAAACGAUCAAGUUUUAUCUCGAGCAUGAAAGAACGACAUUAACUAUUGAAAGCAUGAUUAUCAUUAUUGUUAUUGUUAUUAUUAUUAUUAUUAUUAUUAUUAUUAUUAUUAUUAUUAUUAAUCAUACUCGGUACUAAAGGAAAAAUGCUAUUUUGCGUAAUUCUAUCGUCGUUGCAAAUAUACACAUACAUACUUACUUAUCGUUUAUAGAUUUUAAGCUUCGAUAAUUAUCGAUUAUUAUUCUCCUUGUCUUUCUUUCUUAGUUUCAUUUGCAAUAGAUCGAUAUAGAGAGCCUAAAGGAUAUAAUUAUUCCUCUCUCGAUUUGUAUAUUCAAAAGCUACAUGCUUUGUAUAUGUAUAUAUACAUGCGUAUAUAUAUAUAUAUAUAUGUACAUAUGUAUAUAUAUAUAUGCAUAUAUAUAUAUAUAUAUUAUUCCUAACUGUAGACAAAACAUACAAUUGUCGUUAAAUAUAUGGUAAUAUGAACGCACACGACGCUCACGCGUGCACGUAUUUACAUUGUAAGAUCUUUCGCAAUAUAGCGUCAGCAUCAAAAUAAUAAGAAAAAUCUUAUGAAUGGAAUGGAGUAUAUACGUUCGUAAAUUCAAUCGAUUAUACCAACUUGGUUAUUUUUUCUUUUUCUUCUUUUCUUCUUUUUUUUGAUUUAUUCUCCUUUCGAAACAUUACGUGUGAAUGUAUAUAAAAUUAUAUCCUACGGUUUUUGUUUUUUCUAGUCGCAUUUUGCUCUUUGUGAUAAUACAAAAAUUCGAUUCAUCCGACUAAUCACCCGACGAAAAAUAAUAUAAAUAUAUAUAUAUACAUAUAUAUAUAUAUAUAUGUCUAAAUAAAUAGUAUAUAUAUUUUUUGCCUUUUUUUGGCUAUCUUUCGAGAAAUAGUCAAACGUCUUAUCUCAUGAAAGUCAUCGGGCCUGAAAAAUACUAAUAAGAUAUCGGGCUCGAAUCACAAACAUACCUGCAAAUAACGUUGUUCCACAGAAUUACAAAUAUUUUUGCUGCGCAAUGGAUUAAGACGAUAAAACAGUGAAAAAGCGAUGAAAGACAGAGAGAAAGAAAGAAAGAAAGAGAGAAAAUAUAUAGGUAGAAAAAAAAAUGUAAAGAAAGAGUGAGAGAAAAGAAAAUAGAUCCUUAGAUUAAUAUUUAAAUGAGAUAUCUAUUUCCAAUACGCUACGUGUAAGGUAUGUCUUUCUGUAUGAUUAAAAGUAAGCUAAUUAAGUGAGCGCCACGUAAGUUUCCUAGACGUAUCUUGUGUCCGCUAAUUGAUCCGAGAAAAAGAGUUAUAAGAUUUGAAGAAAAGGAAAAAAAAAAAAAAAGAAAAAAGAAGAAAAAAAGAAGAAAGAAAAAGAAAAACAGUUCACUAACGAAAUCUCGUUUAUUGGAGUAAAUCCUUUGGUGCUCUCAAAUUAUCCAUGCCUUUUCUUUUCUUUUCUUUUCUUUUCUUUUCUUUUCUUUUCUUUUCUUUUCUUUUCUUUUCUUUUGUCAUCUUCUCUUUCCUUUCAAUAUUCUAAUUUUCAAUGACGACAAAAAUAUUAAUGAUUUAUAUUUUCAUAAAUGCUUCUCUAUUUAAAUAUAAUAUUUCAUUUUUAUAUAUAUUGUAUACAUAUGUAAUAUUUUGUUUAUACAAAAGCAGACUUGACAGCUGUAUUCGCAGAGUCAAAAAUGAUUAGAAUUAAAGUAGGUGGUAGAUUAAUAAGAUGGAAAAAAAAAAAAAGACAAAGAAAUAAGAGACGUUUAUGAUCUUCCUCGAAUUAAAAGAUUUAUUUUCAUAUUUUUCAUUUAUCCUUUCGAUAUUCUUCUUUUUUUUCUUUCCUUUUUUCUUUUUUUUUUUUUUU